AUGACGACGCUCCUUGCAAAGCAAGUUGCAGCAUUCCGGCAUCAGCAUGGCAUCUCCUCACUGGGGCCAAAGAGAACUGCAGCACCUUCCGUGCUGUUCACGCCUCAGGAGGCGAAGCGCGUUGAGCCAGAGGCUUUCGCAGCGCUGGCGCUGCGGGGUGUGGAGCAGGCUUCCCUCCUGGAUCCUGAGAUCGCCUCGUACGGCAGCCUCUUCGAGGGUCCCCAGAGAGACCGAGACCUGAUGACGCGGGAGGAGAAUGCGGCGCUGGAUGAGAAAAUCCACCAUCUGCUGCUGCUCUUGUCGCCGCACCUACAAGCGACCAGCGCCCAGGAAUGUUUGGAGGGUCUUCUCUACAGGUACCACGCACAUCGGUGGAAUGUGGACGAUCUCAUGGGGGCCGCCUUGCCACACCAUGACUCGCCCCUGUUCACAAAGCUUGUGCAGGGACUGCACGUUGAGGGCAAACCGCUCUGGUCCUGGCUGGCCACCUUGAAGGCCAAGCCGGCGGCCCUGCUGCGGUCCGCCUUGGCCAAGUACUGCGCGAAGGACAUCGCCGUGCUGAUUUUUGUCGGGAAGGUGAUGGAGGAGAAUCUGAAACUUCAGAAGCCCAAUCGUGCUUUGAUGACGUUCUACGCGGCGCUCUGGCUGGACACACUGGCACUCCAGGGGUCGCUGGCGCAGGAGCUGGUUCAGGCCCUCUUGCCCACCCUGAUGCUGAUGCUCCGGCGGCCGCAACCCAAAGACGCCUUCCAUGCUGGCCUCACCAUCGCGGGAGCGCUUUGCACCAAAGUGGAGCUGGAGGCCAGCGUGCAGAGCAAAAUCAUCCACUUCGCCGCCCGACAGGCGAAGGGAGCGGAGGGCCAGCCGGCAACGGCACUGAUGGCGGCCGUCCUGCAGCUGCAGGCAGUGCAGAGCGUUGACAACGCGGCGGUGAAGGCUUUGGCCAAGCACGGCCCCGAGGAGCUGCUGGAAGCUUUGCCGGUCGGGGUGGACUGCGGGAAUCUGCUGGCCAGCGUGGUGAAGGCGGGCCUAGGCCAACUUGCAGAACCAAGUGAAGCCAGCGAGGAAAUAGAGGCCUUGAUCCUCGGGCUCCUCCGGGACGCUCCCACGCUGCGCCGCUACGCGGCGCCGCUGAGCGCCGCGGUGCUCCAGGCCUUCGUCUCCGCGAUCGCGGGCAACAGCUCUGCGAAGGAGCGGAAGCGCAUCACCAAGCUGUACCAGGAGCCGGUGCAGCUGCUCAGCGGCACAGUCCCUGCCGCACUGGCCGAGGCCAUCCGUCGAGCGGUGGAUCAGGCCUUGGCUCUGGAGGUGGACACUGAGCCCUUGGUGAGCCUUCUGGCACCAGCCUGUGCCGCCGUGAAAGGCGAGGAGGGCGACCAGGAGAAGCUGCUGCCGGCCGUGCAGGCUUUCCAGCAUAAGUCAGCAAAAGUCCGAUCCCGGGCGGUUCAGACUGCAGUCGCCAAGCUUGGGGAGGACCAGGAGGAAGGCACGCAGGUCACGCAAGAGAGGCGGCGCCUCAUGGCCAGCUUGGCCUUGCAAUCUCUGGACGAUGAGAACGUGGAGGUGGUGGCCGUGGCGCUGAAGCAAGAGACCUUGUGGACCUCCUCCGAGGUGGCUCCAAGCACGGCCGCUGACGUGCUGAGCGCAGCCUUGCGCAGGCUGCUCCGCCAUGGUCAGUUUAAAGGCAACCCGAAGACUCUCCAAGAGCUCUUCCGGUCCUUGCUGCAAGAGGACUCGCGCGUGCGGGCUCUCUUCCCGCUCAUGAUCCAAGCAUCUGCCUGGGUCUAUGGCCGCGAGGAUGCAGAAGAGGAGCGGAGGAGGCUGGAUGCCCUGCUCUUGCCUCCUCUCCUUCUAGCCUUCGCUGGCUUGGAUGCUGCAGAGGAAGUCGCUGGACCGCUCCUUCGAUUGGAAGAGGCAGCUGCGGAGUUCUGCAAGGUGUCCGAGGAGCCGCUGCUGAAGGGCGACAGGGCAGCAGAGGCCGACGAAGGCUGCGGCCCGCGAAUCAGCGCAGUGGCUCAGGCCGCAGAUGACGAAGCCUGCGAGCGCCUGGCUGACUUGGCUGGUGCGCAAGCCGAGGUGCAGCUCGCAGGCCUUGGCAGCCAGGUGGCGGCGGCUUCGGUGCUGGCCGCGGCACUGCAGCGGCAGAAGGCACCCAAGCUGGUGCUUCGCAGUGCGGCGGCCUGCCAGAGGCUUGCAAAGCAUCUCGUGGCGAGCUCCCUGACUUCCGACUUGCUCAAGCCACUCUGGAAGGCCUGCCUGGAAGCCGCCGCCUCGCCAGCGAGCAGCUCCUCGCGGCGGAAGAGUGGCAAGAGCUCCUUGAAUUCCGCAGGCUCCGCGGAGGCGGCCACUCUGCUCCUGGAGGUGGCUUUGAUGCGCCCAAAGGCCUUCGCAGGCGAUCUGCAUGCAAGCCUCACUUGCGGUGCGGCGGCGCUGAGACCGGCCUUGCUGCAGCUGUCGCUCGGCUCUCACGGAGGCCCGCCUGGCAUCCGAGCCAAUGCGCUUCUGCUCCUUCGUAGCCUCCUCGUGAACGGCUGGGCUGCCGAUCAAAUGAUGCUGGUUCUCCUCCUUGCCCGCCUCGCGUCUACGGAGGAGAAGCAAGUUCGAGCUGCAUCGGUGGCCGUCCUGGAGAGCCUUCAGGCGGCCUCGAUGGAUGACUCAGUGGACACCUUGGUGGAGGCGAAGCUCCUGCUGCCCACGGCAUCCGUUGGACCAGAAAAGGUCUGUUCCUCCAUGGGGCAGCUGCCCAAAGAGCUGUGGUCGAGCUUGCUGGAGCUGCUCCUGCAGCAGAGGGCAGAACUUCUGCAGGAUCCUGUCGCGGCCCACAACGUCUUGCAGAAGGUCCUCGGCCUCAAGGGCGGGCUCCCAAAAGCCUCCCGGGAGCAGGCUUCCAGAUUCUGGCUCUUCGGCUUGGCGCGACUGGAGCCACAGCUGGCGGCCGGCCUGACGACGGCCCUGCCCGGGGCCCUCUCGCUCCGCAGCGCGCAGGAGCCUUUGGCCAAGACGGCACAAUGGGCUGCGAAGUCGGCGGCAGCAUCUUGGACUCAGGGCCACCGUGCUCGCUUGCCCACGAUCGCACACAUGAGCUCUGCAUCGGCCGGCUGUCAGCCGAGGCACCUUCACUGCUGCUGGCUGCCAUGUCCAUCUUGUUGCAUAUGGCGGGAGGAGGCCGACAGAGACGACUGGUGGAAACAGCAAUUGACUCAUCAAGUUUAA